GGGGCGCCGGGGCUCCGCUCUCGUACGGCAUCCCCCUCGGCCCCCCCGGCAGCCGCUGCCCCCGUCUCCUGACCCCCCGCCGCUCGCUCCGUCCUCCCUCUCCUCGCCGGGUGCUCAGGGUUGGGAUAAUCUCGCUCGCACCCAAACCACAGCGCUCCCGCGGCUAAUCCUGCCCUCUCCCCUCACCCUCCCCACCCCGCCCCCGGCCCUUCCUCUCCUGGAGCUGCCCUCUCCCCUCCCUGCUCCCCCUGCUCGCCCCCCGGGGCCCCUUCGUCCCCGUCCUCCCGCUGCCGCCGGCGGCCCGGCGGGUGGGUGCGAGGUCGGGGCUGCCGGGCACCCCGCCCCUCCCCGGCGGGGCCGUCAUUAGGCUGCCGGUUGAUUACAGGGUAUUGAUUUGUAUGUGCUUCUCCCGGCGCCGGCGGCGGCCGCUCCCGCUGGUGCUGCUGGAGUUCGGGCAGCGCUUCCCGUAGCGGCGGCGGCAGCUCCCACCAAACAUGUCGGCUCCCGCCGGGCCCCGGAGCGGCCCCGCCGCUCCUCAGCCUCCUCCGGCCCCGCAGCCCGAGAUGCCGGACCUCAGCCACCUCACGGAGGAAGAGCGGAAGAUCAUCCUGGCCGUCAUGGACCGCCAGAAGAAGGAAGAGGAGAAGGAGCAAUCCGUGCUCAAAAAAUUACAUCAGCAGUUUGAGAUGUAUAAGGAGCAAGUGAAGAAGAUGGGUGAAGAAUCACAGCAGCACCAGGAGCAGAAGGGUGAUGCCCCAACCUGUGGCAUCUGCCACAAAACAAAAUUUGCUGAUGGCUGUGGCCAUAACUGUUCAUAUUGCCAAACUAAAUUCUGUGCGCGCUGCGGAGGAAGAGUGUCUCUGCGCUCAAAUAAGGAGGACAAAGUGGUAAUGUGGGUAUGUAACUUGUGCCGAAAACAACAAGAAAUCCUCACAAAAUCAGGAGCCUGGUUCUAUAACAGCGGAUCACAUGCACCCCAGCAGCCGGACCAAGAAGGUGUUAGAGCUCUGCGGAACGAGGAAGCACCUCAGGAGAAAAAAGCAAAACUGCAGGAGCAUCCGCAGUACCAAGGACCACCAGGUGACAUAUCCACACAAGCUCUGGACAAAAACAGACCACAAGGGCUCACAAGACAAGACUCAAUUAAGAAUGGUUCAACAGUUAAGCAUCAAGUAACUAGUGACACAUCAGACAGGAAAAGAAGCCCUUCAAUAUCAAGAGAACAGAGCAGAAGAUACGACCAAAGGGACGAGAGAGACGAAUAUUCACAGUAUGCUACAUCAGACAGUGCGAUGCCCAGGUCACCAUCAGAUUAUUCAGAUAGGCGGUCACAGCGUGGGCCUCAGUUAUAUGAAGAACCUGAACUGGGUGAUUAUAGAGAUUCCAACAGAAGGAGCCGCAGGCGUUCCAAGGAGUAUCCGGUAGAAGAAGAAGAUGCACAAAACAGGGAAGAAUAUGAAAGGCAAAGGAGGGAGGAGGAAUACCAGGCACGAUACCGAAGUGAUCCUAAUUUGGCUCGUUAUCCAGUCAAGCCACAGCCAUAUGAGGAACAAAUGCGUAUCCAUGCUGAAGUGUCCCGAGCACGUCAUGAACGGAGACAUAGCGAUGUCUCACUGGCAAAUACAGAGUUGGAAGAUUCUCGGAUGUCCAUGCUCAGGAUGGAACGGCCAUCAAGACAAAGAUCUGUGUCUGAGCGCAGGGCUGCCAUGGAAAAUCAACGUUCAUAUUCUAUGGAAAGAACUCGAGAGGCUCAGGGACCUAGUCCCAAUCGUCAGAGGACCACAAAUCAUAGCCCUCCUACACCUAGGAGGAGUCCAAUUCCUCUGGAAAGACCAGACAUGAGGCGCUCUGAUUCAUUAAGGAAACAGCACCAUUUGGAUCCCAGUUCUGCUGUACGGAAAACAAAACGUGAAAAGAUGGAGACCAUGUUACGGAAUGAUUCACUCAGCUCAGACCAGUCUGAAUCUGUCAGACCUCCACCACCAAAGCCCCAUAAAACGAAAAAAGGAGGUAAAAUGCGCCAGGUUUCAUUAAGUAGCUCAGAAGAAGAAUUGGCAUCCACUCCUGAAUAUACAAGUUGUGAUGAUGUAGAGAUUGAAAGUGAAAGUGUUAGUGAAAAAGGGGACAGUCAAAGGGGAAAAAGAAAAACUAGUGAGCAGGCAGUUUUGUCGGAUUCUAACACCUUAUCCGAGAGGCAAAAGAAAAUGGUGUGCUUUGGUGGCCACUCUUUGGAAGAGGACUUGGAAUGGUCUGAGCCUCAGAUAAAAGACUCUGGGGUAGAUACGUGUAGUAGCACAACUCUAAACGAGGAACAUAGCCAUAGUGAGAAGCAUCCAGUAACUUGGCAACCAUCCAAAGAUGGAGAUCGUCUCAUUGGUCGGAUUUUGUUAAAUAAACGACUAAAAGAUGGAAGUGUGCCUAGAGAUUCAGGAGCAAUGCUCGGAUUGAAGGUAGUAGGAGGAAAGAUGACUGAAUCAGGUCGACUCUGCGCAUUUAUCACCAAAGUUAAAAAAGGAAGCUUAGCUGAUACAGUGGGGCACCUUAGACCAGGUGAUGAAGUAUUAGAAUGGAAUGGAAGGCUACUACAAGGAGCCACCUUUGAGGAGGUGUAUAACAUCAUUUUAGAAUCCAAACCUGAGCCACAAGUAGAGCUUGUAGUUUCAAGACCAAUAGGGGACAUUCCCAGAAUACCCGACAGCACACAUGCACAGCUGGAGUCCAGUUCUAGUUCAUUUGAAUCUCAAAAAAUGGACCGACCUUCUAUUUCAGUGACUUCUCCUAUGAGUCCUGGCAUGUUAAGGGAUGUUCCACAGUUCUUGUCUGGACAACUUUCAAGCCAAAGCCUUAGUAGAAGAACAACGCCUUUUGUUCCUAGGGUUCAGAUAAAACUGUGGUAUGACAAGGUUGGUCAUCAGUUAAUAGUGACCAUACUGGGAGCAAAGGAUCUUCCUUCAAGGGAAGAUGGGAGGCCAAGGAAUCCUUAUGUUAAAAUUUAUUUUCUUCCAGACCGAAGUGAUAAAAAUAAAAGAAGAACAAAAACAGUAAAGAAAACACUGGAACCUAAGUGGAAUCAGACAUUUAUUUAUUCUCCAGUUCAUCGGAGAGAGUUUAGAGAACGAAUGUUAGAAAUCACUCUUUGGGACCAAGCACGAGUUCGAGAGGAAGAAAGUGAAUUUUUAGGAGAGAUUCUUAUUGAGUUAGAGACAGCAUUACUAGAUGAUGAACCUCACUGGUACAAACUUCAAACACAUGAUGUCUCUUCAUUGCCACUUCCCCAUCCCUCACCGUAUUUGCCACGCAGACAACUCCAUGGCGAGAGUCCCACACGGAGGUUACAAAAUAAAGGCUUAUAUUCAUAUAAUUCAGGAUCCAAAAGGAUCAGUGACAGUGAAGUCUCUGAUUAUGACUGUGAUGAUGGAAUUGGUGUUGUUUCAGAUUAUCGACAUAAUGGGAGAGAUCUUCAAAGUUCAACAUUAUCAGUGCCAGAACAAGUAAUGUCAUCUAAUCAUUGUUCUCGAUCAGGGUCCCCUCACCGUGGAGAUAGUAUAGGACGGACUAGAUCGUGGUCUCCCAGUGUCCCUCCCCCACAAAGUCGGAAUGCGGAUCAGGGACCACGAGGGAGUCGAUCUACCCCUGCGCAUUACAACACCCUGAACCGGAUGGAUAGACACCGUGUUAUAGAUGACCACUACUCCCCGGACAGAGAGAGUCAUUAUGUUACUUUACCUCGUUCCCAGUACACGCAGUCCACAGAUCACCAUUACAGGGAUGUCAGCCAGGAUCACACAAUGUAUCCUCUGUUUUGUGAAGAUGCAAUCAGAUUACUCCGCUCCCGUAAGAUGUGCCGUACCUAUUCUGAGGGUGCUUACUAUGAUCUCGAGAGGAGGACUAGGCAGGAGAGAAGAGUGCCUAAUUCAUAUUAUGAUGACGCAGCCUAUACUCCUGAAAGGUGGUACAAUGGUGCAAGUUCAUGGGCAGAUGAUAUAGUCAAUGGUUCAGCUGAAAAAUAUGGCAAAGUUCCUAUAGCUAGUAGAAGAAUAACAUGUCCAAGGAUUGAAAUCCAGCAGCCGUCCACAGACACUGACAGAAGCGAGACAGUGGAUAUUUUUGCUGAUGAAGCUUCCCAUUCAGAAACAGAACUGAUAGAGGAAGAAGUGAGGAAUUGUGAAGCAGCAGAUAGAGAGCCAUAUCAAAGAUCCAGAUCAACAGAGCAACGUCCUGUGCUAGAGCGGACCAACUCCCGCUCCCGAUCCACAGAGCGUCCUGACUCAAACCUCAUCAGGUCGAUGCCUUCAUUAAUGACUGGAAGAUCUGCCCCUCCUUCACCUGCCUUACCGAGGUCACAUCCUCGAACUGGGUCUGUCCAGACAAGUCCAUCAAGUACUCCAGUAGUAGGGCGAAGGGGCAGGCAGUUACCACAGCUCCCACCAAAGGGGACGUUGGAGAGAAACAAUGGAGACAAGGAGAUAGAAUCUUAUGAAGCAGGAGAUGAAGAAAACAAGCGUACUGGAGUUCAGGAGGCAGAGGUCGAGGCAGAUUGUGAGGAAAAACAUCAAACCCCACCUGUUAAUGGGCGAAAAGAAGUUACAUGGGAGGACCAGCAGAAAAAGGUGAAUGGUACAAUAACUGAUGAAAAACCAUUGCUGAAAAAGAAACACCAUUCUGAGACAGAAGAAGCGGAAUCAUCAAGGAGAACAAACUCAGAAGAAAAGAAAACAGAUCCAGAGAAUGGGGAUACAGGUGCAAUGGAUGUAGAAGAAAGGAAUCGCCAAAUGAAAAUGAGCAAGUACAAACAGGUAGCAGGAUCAGAUUCCAGGCUGGAACAAGAUUAUCAUUCUAAGUAUCGGUCAGGGCGGGAUCCUCACCGAGGCUCAGACAAUGUUUCCAAUAAGUCUUCGGACAGCGAUGUCAGCGAUGUCUCGGCCGUGUCACGGACGAGCAGCGCUUCCCGGUUCAGCAGCACGAGCUACAUGUCCGUCCAGUCAGAGCGUCCAAGGGGAAACAUGAAAAUAAGAAGGACAAGGGAUAUAGAGGGGAAAAAAGAGGGAGGGCUGGAAGGGGAUGAACAAGAUGAAGUAUUUCCUGAGGAGGAAGAAAAAGAGGAGGAGGAAAAAGCAAAAGAGCAAGAAAUUAAUGAAAAAGGGGAAGGGCAAGAGGCGAUAGAGAACUGUGAUAAGGAGGAGGUCAAAGAAUCAGGACAUGAUGAAAAAGCUCAAGAAGACCAAGCUGAGGAAGGGAAAGAGGAUGACAGUGUCUUUACAUCCAAAAUGCAAAGCAGACAGAUGGCCGUCUCAGGAAAGAACAUGACAAAGAGCACCAGCAUCAGCGGGGAGAUGUACACGCUGGAGAAGAACGACGGCAGCCAGUCGGACACAGCAGUGGGCACUGUUGGUGGUGGCAGCAAAAAGAGGCGCUCCAGCAUUGGUGCAAAGAUGGUCGCCAUCGUGGGGCUAUCAAGAAAAAGCCGUAGCACAUCACAACUCAGCCAAACUGAAGCAGGGGGCAAGAAGCUGCGGAGCACCGUCCAAAGGAGCACUGAGACAGGGCUGGCUGUGGAGAUGAGGAACUGGAUGACUCGUCAGGCUAGCCGGGAGUCGACGGAUGGGAGCAUGAACAGCUACAGCUCUGAGGGAAAUUUGAUUUUCCCUGGUGUGAGGUUGGCUGCAGACAGCCAGUUCAGUGAUUUUCUGGAUGGACUUGGUCCUGCCCAGCUUGUAGGACGACAGACUUUAGCAACGCCAUCAAUGGGAGAUAUUCAGGUGGGAAUGAUGGACAAGAAAGGACAACUGGAAGUAGAAAUAAUCCGAGCCCGUGGCCUUGUUGUAAAACCAGGUUCAAAGACACUGCCAGCACCAUAUGUAAAGGUGUAUCUAUUAGAAAAUGGAGUCUGCAUAGCCAAAAAGAAAACAAAGGUAGCAAGAAAAACGCUGGAACCACUUUAUCAGCAACUUCUAUCAUUUGAAGAAAGUCCCCAAGGGAAAGUUUUACAGAUAAUUGUUUGGGGAGACUAUGGACGUAUGGAUCACAAAUCUUUUAUGGGAGUGGCACAGAUACUUUUAGAUGAACUGGACCUGUCCAACAUGGUGAUUGGGUGGUUCAAACUUUUCCCUCCUUCUUCCCUAGUAGACCCAACCUUAGCUCCUCUGACUAGAAGAGCUUCCCAAUCAUCUCUUGAAAGUUCAACAGGACCUUCGUAUGCUCGCUCAUAGCAGCUGUGAAACUGUUGUCAUAGCAACCAGCGUUACAAAACCAUAAAAUUACAGGUCGCAAACCCUGGUAACACUGCAUGCUUAAUGUUGUGUCUUCUGAGCCUGUUUCUAGGGCUGCAACGCGAUCCUGUGUUCUCAAGGAAGUUGCACACAUUGUGCCCUAUGGAAGGCCCUCAGGUGAUAGACUGAAAUCAUGAAGAACUGAUAGGUUUGGAGUUCAGGGACUCAGUUUAUGGUCCAAUCUGAAGCCAUGGACUAAACUAAAAAAUCAAUCUGUUUCAUGCAACGAAAGUCCUUUUCAAUGGCAUAUCUGUUUUGUUGCUCCCGUUUCUUUAUUUAUCUGCCCUCCCCUCCUAAAGCUUGGUUAUGCCACAGAAACGGAGUUACCCUCCCAUGAAGCCACGUUACAAGUCAGUGGAUUAGCAGACAUUGGAAGAAAGGAAGAAUGUAAGGAUGCUGGAAAAGUCAACUGACACUUGAAGCAGUUGCUUGAGAUCUGAAAACUCUUCAUAUUGAAAAGGUUCAAGACUUAAAGUGGUGGGCUUCAUACCUCCAGCUAUUCACACAGUGAAACCCCAGACAUGAUGGACUCUCUGAAAAAUAAAGUUCUGUGGAUAUACUGUACUGUAUGAAAUUAAGAAAUUUUUUUGCAUGGACACAGAUUUAGCUGAACACUUAAAUUAUUUUCUUGAGGCUGCAACUUGCAAAAAAAAAAAAAGAGAAUAAAUCAGCCAUUUUCAACAGUUUAUAUUAUUUUUAAAAAUAAAUUUCACUAGUGCAUGGUUUUAAAGGGAAGAGAAUGCAACAGGGUGAUACAAAGACACACCACGUUUAUCAUUCUUUAAACCAGUCAUGGUCUGUGUUUUUGCAGACUUCUAUUAAAAAUAAAAAAUAAUUUCUAGCAAAUAUUUAAAAUUCUGUUUAUGUGACAAGAAAUAAGUGUAAUAUAUUAAAUUUAUUUAAAUGUAAAAGGUACAAGCCUUGUAAAGUUCAACAUAAUGUGCAAAUUGUACACUUCUUUUACCUCCUUUCUCUAUCUCUCCUCCCAAUCUCCCUUCUUCCUUUUGCUCUUUUUCCCCUCUACCUCCCAGGAUGAUCAGCAUAUUCUAAAAUGGCUACCUUUUGACUUAUUACUCUCUUAUGCCCCAUAUUUGGUUCAGGGUUGCAGAUUGUUCUGCAUUUCUGAAUUAUUUGAGAAAAAUAUUGUUUAAGAGCUUACUUUUUUUCAAGCAUGUUGAAAAGGAUUUUGCAACAUGGCUUGGGAGUACAUUAAUGUAAUUCAGCAUGUAUUUGAUAAAGAAGAUAUUUGAACUUUUGCAAUUUAUUGUACAGUGCAUGGUAACUUAUUUUCAUUUUUUCUCACCUUCAAAUUGAAUUCUACAGCAAAAUACUGGAAUCAUGUGGCCAUUGUAAGAUGUCUUCAAUAAAUUUGUUUUCAGCACCAGCAUCUUUCAUUCAAAGACUGAGCUAUCAUUUCUUGAAGGUUUUUGGAAAGAGGAAAAAUUAAGUACCUGGUUGAUUUUUAGGAAGCAAAUGUAAGCACUUUUAUUUGCACUGAACCAAAUUGAUUGCUACAUUUUUGAAAUAACAAAAGCAACAAAGGUUACAAAUCCAUACAGUUCUUCUGCUGUAAAGUUCAAUUUUCAUAAAUUACAUUUGCAUUGCAAAAGACAUAAUUAGGUAGUAUCUGUCUGGAAAAUAUCAGUCUUUGUUUUGUAAAAUAGCCUUAAAGAAAGCUUAUCAGUACCACUCUGACAGCUAUUUGACACCAUUACCAGAACCUCACUGCAGUUAAUGGAUCUUCAAAACCCUGGGUUUUGUAGCAGACAGUAACUACCGUUGGGUGGUGCUGCAAGUUCAAGCUUCUCAUUAAAUUACCUUAUUUAAAGGGAAUGUAACUGGCUAAUGUUUAAUAACAAAAUAUCCUUCUUUUUUUUUUUUUUUUUUCUUUUUUUUUUUUUCUUUUUUUUUCCCCCCCCGGGUCUUUGUAUGCCUUGAAUACCUACUUAAGGUUUAAUAUUGAAAUCUUGCAAUAAUUUUUGAAGUACAUUACAUUUACCUUUAUGGCCACACAGAAUUAUUCUGAUUUUAUUUGAAAAUCUAUUGAAGUUUCCCAUUAACAAAUUGUACAUGCCUCUUAAGAGGGAAGAAGUAAUAACAGUAUCACUUAUAAUGCCUUUUACUUUGUGCAAUAUCAUAGAAAAUGAGAUUGUGUCUUGUCUGCAGAGUUUAUAUAAUGGAUGAUUGUUAAGUUAAUAGACUGGUAAAAUUAUAUUUAUUGAAAUAAUUUAGACACCUGUCUACCAGCAGCAAAUAACUAUUAACAUGCAGUCUACAAUAUCCCCUAGGAUAUUAAACAAAAAUACAUAGCCAUUUUCCUGACACUGUGAGAUGUGCUCACACAUUCUUGUAUGCAUAGUCCUCUAUAAAUUAUUUCAAAUUUUAAAAUCAAGGACAUGACGCAUGGAAGGUUUGUACAUAAUUGUCAUUAUGCAGUAUUUAUUUAAAAAAAAAAUUAAUGUAUUUUUUUUAAUUUUCACAUGUAUGCAACUCUGCUUAUGGUUUAGUCAUGUAAAUAGUACUAUUCCAGUGAUCACUGCUGUCUUGUAAAUAGUACGUUUUAAAAAGCUAAAAGGAAUUACAGUUGGGGGAAAAAAAAGGGCAGAUUAGGCCUGUAAUGAACACCAACUAAUGUAAAUCAAACUCAUUCUGGUGAUGGUAUUUAACACUUUAAAUAAAACAUUUUCUUUACAGAA